AUGCCCAACAUUAUGGGCACUCCUGCGCUCGUACUCGGCGGGGCGGACUGGCGUCCCGCGCUCACUGUGGCUGCCGCCGUGCUGCUGGCCCUCUUCGGGGGCGGCACCUUCGAGGUGGUGGUGGCGAUCCUGGCAGUGGCGCGGACGGUCUGGGUGCAUACCCAGCCGGUCAAGGUGCGCAAGGGUGAGGGCAAGGCGGACAAGAUGGCGUCGUACCAGGCGGGCGCCGCGCAGAGCAUCAAGGGCGUUUCCCGCCACCCCUCCGCGAAGGGCAGCGUGGACUCCAGCAAUGGCGCGCCGCAGCGCGGCCCACCUGCCCCAGAGGGCGAGUGCCGCCACCAGUCUUGGACGUUGUCGCCAGUGGCGAGGGCGAAGGCAGAGUCCCAGGAGAGCCGCCAGGCAGACAGUAACCGUCAAGCCAUUUGCCAGGGGUACGUGCGGACGAUUACGGAGCACGCCAAGAACAGGCGGUGGAGCGAAGCGCUGGAUCUGCUGGACGACAUGCGGCGACGCUCUAUCCCCCCGAACACGAGCGUGUACACGGCCCUGAUCAGCGCAUGCGACAAGGGCAAGCAGCAAGAGAAGGCCAUGGAGCUGUUCGACGAGAUGAAGGCGCAGGAGUGCACGCCGAACGCGGUCACUUACAACGCCCUUAUCAGCGCGUGUGGGCGGGGCAGUCAUCCGGAGAGGGCGCUCGAGGUCUGGGAGGAGAUGCGAUCGAACGGUCUGACCCCGACCGUGGUGACCUACACCUCGCUCAUCGGUGCUAUGGGUCAGACCCAGCACCCCGAGAAGGCGUGGGAGUUCUACGAGGCCAUGAAAGCGAGCCAGAUCGAGCCCAACUACAUCACCUUCGGCAAGCUGAUGCAUGCGUGCUCCUGGAGCCAGAGCGUGGACAAGGCCGACAAGGCUCUGGGCCUUUACAAGGACAUGGGGGAGCGCGGCAUCCAGGCGGACUCUUACACGUUCGGCGCUCUCAUCAGCGCUUGCAAGGACAAGUACCCUCAGAAGGUUACGGAGCUCUACUCGGAGAUGCGGCGUCUCGGGGUCGCGCCCGACGCUGGCACCUACAGCACCGUGAUCAGCGCCUGCGACCGGAGCGCCCAGACUGGCAGGGCCGCCCAGGUGUUUUCUUCCAUGAAGCAGCAGGGAAGCCAGUCCCAAAGCAACCUCAGCGCGUACAACGCGAUGAUCAACGCGUGCGGGAGUGGGGGCAAGACCUUGGAUGACGCCCUGGCGCUGCUGAAGGAGAUGCAGACGAAGGGCCCCGCGCCUGACGCUGUGACCUACUCCACGGUGAUGAAGCUCUGCGAGCGGGCACGCCGGCCAGAAGACGCCCUCCAGGUGUUCGAUGCCAUGUGUAAGUCCGGAUGCACGGUGGACCGCAUUUGCUGCAACUGGGCCCUGUCCGCGUGCGAGCAGCUGCGGAACGUGGAGCGGGGUCUUGCCCUUUUCGACUACAUGAAACAGUCGCUGGCCCUCGAGCCAGACGCGAGCACCUACGGCCUGCUCAUCAGCGCUUGCGGCAAGUGCAAGUGGGGCAACAAGGCGGCGGAGCUUUUCCAGGAGCUCCAGGACAACAAGCUGGCCCCGAAUCGCUUCGUUUACAACGCCAUGAUCGGGGCCUGCGGCAACGUGAAGCGCAUCGGCAUGGCACUUGACACAUUCAGGAUGAUGAAGGAGCGGGGCGUCGUGCCUGACGCGAUCACCUUCAAUUCCUUAAUCAGCGCGUGCGAGAAGCGCAUGUGGCCAGAGCGCGCGACGGAGCUUCUCAGGGAGAUGGAGGAGACGGGGCUUGCGCCCGACGUCAAGGUCUACACCGCGUUGAUGAGCUGCUGGGCCAAGAGCAAGGAUCCGGAGAAGGCUCUCGACGUGUACAGGGAGAUGAUCGGCAAGGGCAUUGAGGCCAACGCCAUCACGUAUAGCACUAUGGCGUGGGCGUGCGAGAAGAGCGGGCACACUUCCUUGGCGAAGGAGUUCAAUCUGAAGGAGGUCGAUAGCCUGAACAGAUGCACCGCCCAGGAGAUCCGCACCAUCCGCCAGCACAGCCACAAGAGACUCUCCCACGCCAGGUAA